GUUGCCAAAUCUACUGACUACGAUAACAACACACCAAGCAAUGGCCAGAUCGUCACUAAUACCAGAGAGGCCACAAGUGGUAUCCUCCAGAUCAAGAUACUCCACUGGAGGAUUUGAAUUUUCCAACAACACCAGACUGGCUCGUUCACCAGCCAGUGCACUGCAACCACUAACAAACACAGAAUCCCUGCCCGAAGUGGUGGAAACAUUAAGACACCAGAAUAGAUUAUUAGCACAACGUAAUGCAAUGAUCAUGUCUAAACUCAAAGAAUUAGAGUUGAAAAACAUUGAAUUAUCCAAAGAAAUCAAUCUAUUGAAACGAACUACAACUCCUCCUACAACCGAUUAUAAACAAGCACUACAGGAAGCCUUAUUGCUUAUUGAAAACAAAACAUUCACUAGCUUGGAUCAAAUAUUACAGUGUUUCAAGAAAAUUAGAUCAGAUGAAGGAUUGCCUGCUAAUGAUCAGUUGGGAAUACUUUCAGAUGUAAUCUCAAGACCAGUUACCUCAACCCCAGUUGAGGUUGGUAGAAAUAGCAGCGUGUUUCCUGCAUUUGAUAUCACCUCUCAUCAUGAUCCAUUACUUAAUUAUUUCAAACCUACUAAGGAAGAUUAUGAAGCAGGUACAGAUAAUACUGCUAAGAAUAAGGAUAUCUCCAUUAUUUUUGAGGAUAAUGAACUGAUUGAAAUGGGAAGCGAAAGUACAGACUUGAACCAUUCAGAACAUAUAUUACCAAACGAGAAAGAGAAGCAAUUGGAGCCUUCAAAGGUAGCUAUAAUCAAAACACCCAUCGAGUCAAGUCUGAAGACGACUGAAAUCGAGAUCUAUGAAUCUCCUAAGGAAAAACAUGAAUAUAAAACCCCUUCUCAGACUGAAGUGACUUGUCUCAAAGGGAAAAGGAAGUCAAAGAAAACCAAGACAACGAAGGAAAAGAUCCAGGAGGACCUGAAACAACAAGAACCCAAACACAACGAGGAAACACCUAAUGAAAAGAAAGUAGCAAAGACCACCAGGAAGAAACCCCCAAAAGAAGAUUCCGAACCACUUGUAGAGGUGAAACAAGAAGAAGAAUGCUCAACUAGAAGAUCCUUCCGGGUUAGAAAACCAAUCGAUUACAAGCCUUUAUCAAUGAGGGAUAAAAUGAGAAGAGAAUCAGUCGCAAUGUUGGAUGCCGUGGGGCCAGAUGUAUUAAUUAACUAUACACAGAAACCCUCAAGUCGUGGAAGUAGUUCAGGCCUGGCCUCAUCUAAGCGCAAGUCAGAAACGCCAGAAGUUGAAAGAAAGAAGAGAAAACCAUUAGCUACAGUAAAUACAAAUGUUCACAAAGGGGGGUCCAGCAAGGUGAAAGAUACUACUGACUAUGAUUUGUCAGUUUAUGAUUUUGAACCGGAAGAUAAGAAGGAAACACCCGUAUAUGACAAAAUUAACGUAAAGAAUCGCAUUAGGAGCUAAAUAAAGGAAAGUUGUAUAGAUAUAUAGUACACAGAGAAAUAAAGAAAUAGUAACUUGCUAUUGCCUUAUACACUCAUAUUCAUCUUGAUUGAAGGGUGUGGAUUGUAUCCAAUUAUUUCGAAAUCUUCGAACUUAAAAUCAUCGAUAGAUUUGAUUUCACUCUUUCUUUCUUCCUUAAUGACCAAUUUAGGGAAAUCUCUUGGAGUUCGAGUAAAUUGUUCUUGUAAAGCUUCGAUGUGAUCCAAAUAGACAUGAGCAUCACCCAAGGUAUGAAUGAAUUCACCACAGUCCAUAUCCACUAUAUGAGCAAUCAUUUUGGUCAAUAAGGCAUAUGAAGCAAUGUUGAAAGGGACACCCAACCCCAUGUCACAAGAUCUUUGGUAUAACAAACAGGAUAAUUUUGGUUUAGCUGAACCAUCGUUGUUUUCAGGGAAGUUCACGUAGAAUUGACAGAAAACAUGACAUGGUGGAAGUGCCAUCUUCUUGAAAUCAGGUGGAUUCCAGGCAGACAUAAUGAUUCUUCUGUCAUAAGGAUUGGUCUUCAAUUUCUUGAUAACAUCUUGAAGUUGGUCAAAUCCUUGACCAGUAUAAUCAGUAUCACAAUCCUGGUAUUCAGCUCCAAAAUGUCUCCAUUGGAACCCAUAAACAGGUCCCAAGUCACCUUCACGACGAUGAGUCAAUCCUAAUUUAUCCAAAAAUUCACGCGAUCCGUUUCCUUCCCAGAUCUUAACACCCUUUUCACUUAAUAAUUUGGCAUCAGUAGAACCGGAAAUGAACCACAAAAGUUCAUGUAUGAUACCCUUGGAGAAAACUCUCUUGGUGGUUAAAAGCGGGAAAGUAUCAUUAGAUAAGUCAAAACGUAAUUGUGGUGGAGCAAAAAGAGAUUUAGUACCGGUACCGGUUCUGUCAGGACGAUGUUCUCCUUCGUUAAUGAUCUUGAAACACAAGUCAAGAUAAGCUUGCUCGGCAGCGUUUGGUGAUACUGUCAUUGUAUAUAUAGGUGUUUACCUUUAGAAAAGAAGUUAAA